GCCACAGGCGACGUCUAUGCGGAGGAGAAGGCAGCAAAACCUUUCGAAGGGGAAUUAGAACUGGGUCUUACCCUGGAGAAUGUCACCACUGAACAAGAUGGUCAAAAACUGAUUUGUGAAGCCUCCACCAGCUAUCCUCCUGACCAAGUGGCUCAACGUCAACACACCGAAAUCUCUGUCAACUAUCCUCCACAAGUUGAAUUCAACCAAAGUCUGAUACACACCGCUUUGGGAGUUUAUGAGGACAUAAUGGUCACCGUUCAUGGCAAACCAAAGGCUGAGUUGUUGUGUGAUAACAUGGAUUUGCCCGGUCCACGAGAAGUGGAGAUUCUGCCAGACGAGAAACGCGGUGUCAAUCGCUACCUCCUUCAUAUUCAAGGUGUUACUAAGGAGGAUUUGGGUGAACACUUCUGUUCAGCCACAAACAAGUUUGGCACUGCCAAAAAAAGCUUCUCGUUGACUCUUGCACCUUCCAAACCGGAGGUGGUGUCACCAGCAUUCUCCAGUCAUGCUGACUACUACCUACUGGGAUGGCGAGCCAAAUCAAAAUCGCCUCUCCGAAAUGUUACCUUCCGCAUUCAAACGGUGAGUUCGGCGAUCACCUUUUCGCUUUUGGUGACUCACUAG